AUGUCCACCUUCACCCCUCUUCCAGGGAUGCACCUCACCAUUCGCCUCAAUCCCGUUGCCAUGGUGGAACACCUCGAUGAUGCCGUAGCACUGCAAGCCGCACGACGAAUGUCGUCAAGGACAUACAUUGGAUAUGUUGAUUGUCUCCGAGACUUCCCAUUGCCUGUUAAACCCUAUCACAAGUGCAGUAUUCAGUUUGUCGGGCAGGGACUACCGACACGCCUCAAGGAUGAAUUUGUGGAACGUGACAUGUGUGUUCCUAUCUACCCGAACACCUUGCACCCGUUAGCUCGCGAGCCCCUUCGCGCAAAGCCGCCGUUCCUGUUCCCUGACUGCUACCAGUACUCCUUCGUAACUGCUACUGUCCGGGUGCCAAACCAAAACUUCGAUCCCAAGCUCGCUUUCUGGCUGUCAGGAAAGCACGUUUCGGAGCAUCAUAGGCUACUCUCGCAUGAUCUGUACAGGCGCCCGGUGCUCAAGCGAGAGAAGGGGGUUCCAGGGCCUGAUCCUGCCUCCAUCAUUCUUUGGGAGCGUCAGUCAACUAGAGGGCCCUCCCCAGAUCUCAACCGUGGACCUUCAACAUCGGACGACGAGGAUGGCGAUGCGGAAGACGACUCAAUUGCUUCGAAGGCCUCCUUCAGUAGAUCAGAAGCAGCAUCACCUGUCGCUCACAACGUCGUACCCUCCGCUAGCCAUCCCGCUGCCCCAUCUGAUGCAGGGCACAUGGAGCCUGACGAGGAUCCUGACAUAAUUUCACUGGUCAAGGUAGCGUUGGAGAUCGGCAAGAUGGAGCACAUUCUGGACCCUGUUAGCUUUUUGGACGAGCGAGAGGCGAUCAUAGCGGUGAUCAAGGACUCUCGUGCGCGCAAUGCUGCCGCAUUCGCGCAGGACGUCUAUGCGGAUACUAAGAGCGAAGUCUCUCCCGCUGAUCUAGAUGCUAAGGACGUGCUUGGAGACACCAUGCGUCUGUCCAAACCACCAAGGACGUAG